CGCUUCUGGCUUGAUACACUGGGCGGGUCUAUAAACAGACGCUGAGGAUGCUUGAGGAUUCAUUAUCAACGAUCUUGACUUUUUACAGAUAUAACGACAUCACGGUGUUUUAUUUUAAUGUAUAAGCAACGCUACAACUGGGUUUCAGAGGAAUCUGUCCGAGGGUGGAAAAAAGGACAUUGGAAAUAGUCGUCUUUGUCUGACAAAACUCAACCAAUUGCCAGUAUACAGCGAUACCAACCAGCUAACGUACUGUCGUUUUAACAUCAAGCCAUUCUGACAGCGUUAUCUUGUUAUUUGAUGUUUUUUUUUUGGGUCAUUUCUAACAGUGGAUUCUUAAAACGUAACAAUUGCUCUGACUUCAUUUGUGUUUAUUAUUUUUCUCUGACAUCCGCAGGAUAAUGAACUAAACUGUUUCCCACGCAUUACACAUUAAUGAUUUGCUUUGGAAUGACAGCGACGCGAUAAUUUCUUUGUCACGCCUGAAAGACAAAGAAGCAUCAGAACUGUUGUUAUAACAGAGAAACAGCUGGCAACUAGAUGUUUUUGUCUCUUGUCGUUUAUUUCAGCAAGUUUUGCCGUUAUUUCUCCAUGUUUAGCACUGACAGACUCACGGUUCCUGAAUAUGUCAGUAAUCGGCUACACAAGCGGAGGACGAGCUCCGGCCCUAGAGCUGUGUCUCCGGGGAUCAGCACCGACGUCCAGGCCGUGUUGGACAGCUCUCUUCCCGCGCUGCGCUCCGCCAUCCAAACACUCAAGUCUUCAAAAGACACUGGAGAUUUGGAGGAGACCCGUCUGGCCAUUGCUGAGACUUUCCAGCUCGUCAAGGAGGCCUGGGUCCUGCCCACAGUGGGCCGACAGGUAGCGGAGGAGAUCUGCAACAGGAUCCGGCUGGAUGGGGGUCUGGAGCUGCUGUUGCUGCUGCUGCAGACACCGCCUGAAGAAAUCACAUACGAGUCUGCCAAGCUCCUAGAGCAGAUUUUGGUCUCAGAAAACAGGGACUAUGUGGCACGUAUGGGGCUUGGGGUCAUCCUGAACCUGACCCGUGAGCAGGAGGAUGCCCAGCUGGCAAGGAGCGUGUCGGGCAUCCUUGAGCACAUGUUUAAACACACAGAGGAGACAUCUGCGCAGCUCAUCACUAACGGAGCACUGGACAGCCUCCUGUACUGGUGCCGUGGAACAGACCCAACUGUACUUCGGCACUGCGCCGUUGCACUGGCAAAUUGCGCCAUGUACGGUGGGCACCGCUGCCAGAAGCUGAUGAUCGAAAAACAGGCAGCCGAAUGGCUGUUCCCACUGGCGUUCUCCAAAGAAGAUGAGCUGAUCCGGUUUCAUGCAUGCCUGGCCGUGGCUGUGCUGGCGGCUAAUAGGGAGAUAGAGAAAGAAGUGGUCAAGUCUGGUACACUGGAGCUGGUGGAGCCCUUCAUUGCCUCGUUGGACCCUGAAGAGUUUGCACGCAACUUGUCGGACAGCGCAGACAGCAUGCAGGGCCGUACGGCUGCAGACCUGCAGCACUUACUGCCCCUGCUGGACGGCACACGUCUGGAGGGGAAAUGCAUCGCUGCGUUCUAUCUGUGUGUGGAGACUAGUAUCAAGUCCCGUCAACGUAAUACCAAGAUAUUUCAGGAGAUUGGAGCUGUUCAGAGCCUGAAGAGAAUUGUCAUGUACUCCAGUAAUGGAACCGUCUGCUCUCUGGCUAAGAGGGCCUUAACAAUGAUGAGCGAGGACGUCCCGAGGCGUAUCCUUUCAUCUGUACCCAACUGGAAGAGCGGAGAGGUACAGACCUGGCUGCAGCAGAUUGGCUUCAGUACAUUCAUUGAACGGUUUCAGGAACUGCAGGUGGAUGGAGAUCUACUGCUCAAUAUCACAGAACAGGAUCUGAUCCAGGAUCUGGGCAUGACUUCUGGGCUCACUCGCAAGAGGUUUCUUCGAGAUCUGCGUGUUCUGAAAACCUAUGCAAACUACUCCACAUGUGACCCCAAUAACCUGGCAGACUGGCUAGCUGAUAUAGACCCACGAUUCCGUCAGUACACCUAUGGCUUGGUUCAGUCAGGAGUCGAUCGGAACAAUAUAAUCCACAUUACAGAGCAACAGUUGCUGUCUGACUGCAAUGUAGAGAAUGGAAUCCACCGUGCAAAGAUCACUUCUUCUGUCCGCCGCCCCGCUAAACCCUGCUUAACCGAUUCCCAACCCGCGGGCCCUGAUGUGUUCAUCAGCUACCGUCGCACUACAGGUUCACAGCUUGCCAGCCUACUGAAGGUGCAUCUACAAUUGCGUGGUUUCAGCGUCUUCAUCGACGUGGAGAAACUGGAAGCUGGCAGGUUUGAGGAGAAACUGAUCACGAGUGUACAGCGAGCACGCAACUUCAUUUUGGUGCUGUCAGCCAACGCGCUGGACAAAUGCAUGGGCGACGUGGCUAUGAAAGACUGGGUUCAUAAGGAGAUUGUCACCGCCCUGAGUGGGAAGAAGAACAUUGUUCCUGUCACUGAUAACUUUGUGUGGCCUGAUCCGGCCUCUCUGCCAGAGGACAUGAGUAGCAUUCUCAAAUUUAAUGGCAUUAAGUGGUCCCAUGAGUAUCAAGAUGCCACUAUUGAAAAGAUUCUACGAUUCCUCAAGGGAUGCCCAAGCCAAGAGCAACCAGACGGAGCCAAAACAGACAAAAAAGAGCCACAAAAGAAAUAAUACAUACAUCUGACCAAUAAAACCCCCUUUAUUAUGCCUAAUAAGUAGGUGUUUCCAAUAAUGACCACUGCGUAAUCAGAACACACCUGCUUACACCUCAGAGGCCAUUGUUUCCUUUGGUUGUAUGCAUGUAGCUGGUCUAGAUAGAUACAUAAGUGUAACCUAUCCAAAGAUACAAUGGAAUUUACAAGGUGCACCCACAUUAGCAAAGUUUUGGCAGUAUUUUACAAGGGAAUAACAGUCCAUCUCAUCAAUGGUGUAGCAAUAUAUGAAGCAUCUUCAAUUUCAAACCGAGUAGCUGUCUGUUGGUCGAUGUGGUGAGUUUGUGUGACUAACCUGAACACGGUUUGAAAUCUCCAUGGGGGACAUAACUAAAGUAUAUGUUACCGCUCCUUAAAUAUUAUUUACAGCUUUAUGUCUGUUGACAGCAUUUGUGGCUUUAAAUGACACUGAACACUCCUUAAAUUGUGCAUUAGUAAUCAAACUGUACUGACUGUGCUCCAAGAAUUGUGUCAUACAUUUCUGUAACUCAGGCAGCUGAACAGAUUUCUGCAUUACGAUUUGUAUUUAUGACAUCAGCAUAAAUCUAAGCAUAGUCAAUCCAUAGCCAGGUAGUACUAGAUAAUCUUGCGUUAUAGUAUUGUCAGUAGACUUUUGAAAGAAAGCCUUAUGAAAUGUUAAAACCUCAGUUUAUUUUAGUUCAGUUAAUUAAUCCAAAAAUAGUCAAUAAUUUGUUUUCUAACUACAGGUUUGUGCAGGCUGUUAAGCAAGUUCUGAUAUCAUGUACAGUGCAUCAUUCAAAAGGCAAAUGACACAUUUUUCACCUCUAAGAAUAUUUCACAACAGUUCAUAAAGCUCAAUAUUAAUCAUUAUAGUCAUUAAUCAUUUCACGCAGUAUUAGAAACAAACCCUGAAACAACAGUUUCAGGACUCAAAAGACUAGUGUAGAGGCAUUCUUAGAAUUUCCGAGAAUAUUAUGCAGCAAUUUUAAGUCAAUGAUGCAUUUUCAGUCACUGUGAAAAUGCAGAUGAACAUUUACUAACAGCUCUUAACACCUCAAGCUCCCUGUUGUUGCCUUAUGGUGUUUAUCCUAAUGUCUUUCAGGUGAAAUGCAGCCUUUAAAAUAUGUACAAUUAAAUA